AUGACGGCGGUGCUGGCGACUCCCCGCGAACAGGCUUCGCAACAAUUCGCCCGCGACCCCCUGCGGUCGCCCACUGCGCAGCGCUACUUCUUGGGCGACCACGGCAUCUUGUCCAAAUCACCGAUGCAAAAUGAAUACUCGGCCCGGGAGUGCCCCAGUCCCGUAGCCUCCUCGACUCUCUCGUCCAUGCCACCCUCGCCGAGCUUCACACAACCCGCCCAUGAUCAGCUUCCUUACACUCCGAAUACCCUCAGCACACUCUCCCUGGAUGACGACUUGAUACUACCUUCCUACGAUUCGGAAAUCGAAAAGUUGACGGGUACCAAGGAGGUGGAGCAGGAGACGGAUACGGUCAGUGACGCGUCGGCGGAUGGUGCAUCACAUACCCCGGCAUGGUGCCACACCCCGGCCGCAGAUGAUACCUCGGUGGAAGAGGAACCCUCUAGGCAUGUGGACUAUCUUUCCCACGAGUGGCGCGAAGAGGAUAUCUGGGCAUCCUGGCGCUAUGUCACUGCUCGCAAGGGAUCCUAUAGCAAUGGUGUUCGUUUAGAGAACGCGUCGUGGAGGACAUGGGCCAAAGCGAAGAAUAACCUCGGGACCAUUUCCCCUGAGACCCUGAAUUGGUUGAAAGAUUGCGAUGUCACAUGGCUCUAUGGACCGCUUAAAACAUCCAGCUCUUGUGAUGCCAUCGCAUCGGAUGCAUCUCCACCUCCGAGUCGUCUGGAUACUCCAAACUCCUACUUGGAACCAAAACCAAUCCUAAAGAAGAAAACCAUGUCAGAGACCAUCCUUCAACGGUCGCUUUCCCAACACACUCUAUUACAACAUGCGGGUGCUAUCCUCAAAGCCCAGGAAGCCGAGAACAACUGGUCGAGACCUUCUUUCCCCCGGUCCAACACCGACCUGGAUCAGCUACACCAUCGCACUGGAAGCUCUACCUACUCCCUAGGCGGCACACUCACCACAUCGUCCUGGUCAGGACUAACGUCUCCCAGUGAGCGACGUCACAUUCACUUCAAUAACGAGGUCGUACAAUGUAUCGCCGUGGAAGUCAAGGAGGUUGACGAAGAUGAAAGCUGGCCCCCUGCCUUUGACGAGGAGUCUUCAUCGGAUGACAGCGUCGUCAUGAUGCGACAGAUCCCUGGCCGCGCCUCCGUCAGCAACCGAAGCACACCUCGCAACAGCUUCAGUAGUGACAGCAAAACCAUUGCUCCUCUUCCGUCCACCACCCUCAAAUACCGUGGCGAUACUCCUGAACCACGAGAGAGUGUCUUCGACCGCUGGUCUACUUCCUCCCCAUCUUCCACCUCCUCCAAAUUAUCCCCAACCCCUUCCGUGGAGACUCUCCGACCCCCUCGGCCAUCGGCCAACUUCCUCCUCGACGACGAGGAUGAAGACCCCUCGUUAGACUUUACCGGUCACUAUACGCAUCGGGAUCAGCCGUGGUUCGUUCCCGAAGAUGAAGACGAGCUUGCCGACCGGCCGCUCCGACUCACCGCAUCGGGCAUGUUCAUGCCCUAUGGCGAGGGCGAAGGGGAACCUGCCAGUAAUGGUCUCUUGGGCCGAGUUGUGGACACGGUCAAUACCGCGCGCGAUAUCGCUCAUGUCAUUUGGAACGUGGGCUGGCGCCGAUGA